CGGAAUUUAAAACCCCCGGGUGUGUUGCUCGAGGGAACAAUAAGAAAGAGGCCCGAUGACAUCCAAGGACGUGGCCGAGAUGCAGCGACGCAUGCGGCAGCUCGAGGUCGAGAACGAGUCGCUCAAGCGCCUCCACAGCGUCGGCGCCCCGAUGUCCAAGCCCUCGGCCUACCCGCGCAGCGUGUCUACGGACCUCUACGGCGCUGGCUCGGUGCUGACGAGCCCCGCCCGGGCGCCGUACAUGCCGAAGCGCGGCAGCGGCACCGACCUCUUCCAGAGCGCGAUGACUGCGGCGCCUCUAAGUAACGGCCCGCUACCUGCGUCGUCGAGCCAGAGCGACCUCGUGGCCAUGGCAGCCGCGGCCUCGCACAAGUCGCGCCAGCUGCGCAGCCGGCCGGGCUCGGGCCAAAUGCCUUUUCCCGCCAACAGCAUCCCGCCCAGCCACAGCUGGACGACGCUCGACCAGCUGGACCAGCAGCGCCGAUUCACAGAAGAGCCAGCCAACACCAUUCGCAUGCCGCCGCCGUCGGCGACAUCGCAACCGCCCUCGUCGGCCGCGUCGUAUCCUGGCAACUUUGACGACGUCGAGGAAGACGACAGCAGCUCGAUUGGCCUCGACCUCGACGACCCGAAUGAGCACCUGGAUCGACAGCAGAUCAUCCAGUCGCACUCACAGGGCUUUGACAAUGACGACGAGGAGGACGACGACGACGACGCGAGCAACUCGAGCCUGGCCGUCGACGACGUCCCUGGCUUUGCCUUCCAGCCGCCCGUACGCGCCAACCUCGCUGCUUUGCGUCAAGACGAAGACCACUUUCGCACGCACAGCGAACACGACACCAAGCCCCGGGGCUUGUUCCCUGCCCCUGUCGUCGUCGCACCGGGCGGCGGCCAAUUUAACAGCGCACCGACGCCGGCCACGUCGUCGCGGCAGUUCAAGAACCACAAGAACCACAACCACCACCACCAUCACAACCAUGGAUCGAACGCGGUGACGUCCCCGCGCGGUCCGUCCGACGACGACUCGCCGCCGCUGCCCGCCAAACACCGCCGUCACCACGCCGAGAAGCCGCCGAAAGCGUCCAUCGAAGGCGCGACCAAGUUUGCCUUCCCGACCAGCGGCACGCGCCAAGAAGGCGACAUCUCCAUCUGGGUCGGCACGUGGAACCUUGGUGCUGCGGAUCCGUUCGCGGACUCGAACGGUCUCAUGGACGAAGCGCAGUCGUCGCGUAUGGUGCGUAAUUUUGUGCCGCACGGCUACGACUUGUACGUGCUCGGUGUCCAGGAAGGCGUGAGCGAAAACGUCUACCACGCGGUGCUGAGCUACCUCAACACGAACCCGUCGCGUGGACGCUACUGCCGCAAGGAGCUGCGCAACGACAAGUUUGCAUACCCGCUCAAGGCCAGUCCCGCCGACGCGGUCUUUGAUGCGGUCCGCGGUCGCGGCGACGGCGCGUUCAUGGGCACGAAAUUCACGGGCCUUGCGCUCUUUUACGCCGAGACGGUCGCCGCCGACGUCCAGCUGCUCCGCGCCGGCGUCCACAAGUUUAGCAUCGCGUCCGGGUCCAAGGGCGGCGUCGCGAUCGGCCUCAAGCUCAAGUACACGACGCUGGUCUUUGUCAACUGCCACCUCGAUGCGCGCAACGACACGUACCGGCGCGAACAGAUCCGGAUCCUCAACACGCAGCUCGGCAAGGUCAUGGGGCACCCGUACUUCGACUUGACCGAGCAGUUUCACCACGUCGUCUGGAUGGGAGACCUCAACUACCGCAUCGUCAACAUGGACGCGUCCGACGUGCUUCGCCUCUUGUCGGCCAACAAGAUUGAGGAGCUCCACGAGCGCGGUGACGGGCUCCUCAACGACCGCAAGCACGGUAUCUUUGAGGGUUUUAUCGAGCCGCGGAAAUUCCCCGACUUUUACCCGACAUACAAGAAGUUUCCGCUCCGCGGCAACGUCGACAUGAACAUGCCCGACUGGCCCGAACGCGUGUACCGCACGCUGUACAAGGAGCCGUUCUACAAGGGCGGCCAGGUCAAGAAGCGCGUGCCGGGGUGGUGCGACCGCAUCCUUGUCUACUCGACGCCGAUCCGCAACUCGUACUUGGCGGCGGAGAAGGUCGAGUCGCCGUUCGCACCGGGGAAGCUCAUCGACAACUACAAGAGCAUCAACGACGGCAUGGGCAUGGACAUCUCGGACCACUCGCCGGUCAGCUGCACGUUCCUCCUCAAGUUUGUGCGACCGCCCAUCGUCCAAUCCACGACGGGCCACACCAAGCGCGCGCUCGUCACGGCCAAAGACGUGUUUGGCGAGGCGUACGUCGACCUUCGCGCCAAUGUGCGGCAGCAAGGACCUUCGUACGGCCUCCACGCAGGCGGCCCCAUCACGACGGUCCUCACGAUCUUCAACAUGGUUGUCAUGUGGAACAACCAUUUGCACGUGCCCAAGAAGACGCGCAUCGUCGCGCCGCUUCUCGGCGAAGACGACAGCGGCAAGCAGACGGAAGCGAUCGGUGAGCGCACGGCGACAGUCACCAACAUGGCGAAUCUCUCGCUCAACGUCAAGCUCCAGCACGAGCGCGGCUUGCAGGAUCUGCACAUGCUGGUCUGGGUCCGCCACGAAAACGUAGUUGGUCACUGCGUCGUGUCGCUCCGGCGCGUCGCCAACCUCGGCACCGACGGCGAGCUCCCCGAAGCGCGCUACAAGGCGAAUCUGACCAACAACGCGAUGCCGGUCCUCCUCGAAGGCUUCCCCGUCAAGAUCGUCUUCGCCGUCCGCAGUAAUGUCUUUACAUCGCGGGGCUUAUAAGAGGCCAGGACGAGAUUACCGCUGCAAUAUAUGUAUUUUGAAC